ACAGUCGUCGCUAUACACACAGCCAGUCUGCCAAAAAGGACCUCCUCACGCGGAAGGGUGUUGGUGUCUUUGCAUGGGCGUAUUUUCAUGCGUUUUCAUAGUACAAAUUUCCCGGAAUAAAGGUCCAGUUUUUCUGCGGGGUGUGUUUUUGUGGUAGUUCUGUGAAUUAAGCGAAGACUGUUUUAUUUAUUAGGUGUUUUAAACUUGAGCAGAAAACGAAAGGAUUGUGAUUCAUUAAGGAUUAACAUUAUCGAUUAGGGGGGUGGCAGCGGUGCAACUUCAAUCACGCUCAGGUUCAUUCACUUUUGAGGAUUCGAAGGUCAGCGUGUGAAAAGUGAGAGGUUUUAGCUUGUUUUAAGUUACAAGCUACACCGUGUGUGCAAAAUUAUGGAUUUAAAGAGCAAGGUAGCGCUGGUAACCGGUGCGGCCACCGGCCUAGGUCGGGCCUUUUGCGAAGAGCUGUUGAAACAUGGUGCCAAGGUGUCAAUCUGUGACCUGGACUCGGAUGCUGGAGAAUUGACGGCCAAAGAGUUAGAGCACGAAUUUGGGGCCAACCGCGUCCUGUUCUGCCACUGCGAUGUGACCGACUACAUUCAGUUUGAAGAGGCUUUCCAGUACACGAAAACAAUCUUCAACGACAUUGACAUCGUGAUCAACAACGCGGAAAUUAUGAACGACAAAUUCUGGGAGCUCGAAGUGGACGUCAACCUGAAUGGGGCCAUCCGGGGAACGCUCCUGGCCCAGCAGUUCCUCUCCAAGGACAAGGGAGGCAAGGGUGGCGUGGUGGUCAACAUUGGGUCCGCCGUCAGUGUAAAGCCCCAGCUGUCCACCCCGAUCUACACCGCUACCAAGCAUGCCAUCCUGGGGUUGACAAAGUCCUGCGGAGACCCGUACCACUUCAACACCACCAACAUCCGAACAAUCGCGUACUGUCCGGGCCCGAUCGAGAACUCGUUCACGCACAACAAGCGGUUCAGCUCGCCCGCCCACGAGAAGGCCUGGAAGUUGGACAUGUCCGGGUUUCAGCCGCAGAAGUUGGAACACGUAGCCCGGGAAUUGAUCCCACUACUUCGAAGCGCCCCAACCGGAUCCAUCUGGCUGGUUAGCAACGGAAAGUCGCCAAAGGAGAUACCGUACGGUGUCGUUUAAGCCGCCAACAAAAAAUCAACAAACCAAACUAAACUUAAACCCAUUCAAAGCAACACACAGCAUUUCAACUAAACCACUAAUCAAAUCAUUUGACAUAAAUUAAUUCUACAUCAGCUAAGGAAUUUACUACGCUAGACUAAACCAAUAUUGAACCAUUUAAAACACUCAUCAAAACAAAUCUUAUUUACCAUUAUUAAUCAGUAAGCAGACUAACAGUAAAGAAUUGCAGAAUGAAAACCACUAUGAAUUAAUGUCUCCUAAUCAGUACAUACAACUCGCUUUUUGUGACAAAAUAUACCGAGUCGAGAGUAUCGUCCAUUCAUCAACAUUCCAGAAAACUGCGGUGAAUUGAUUGCAAGAAAAUCCAAGCAGCACCCACGCCGUAGUCAUUUUAGAUACCAAAAA